AUGCCUCUCGACGAAGAAGGCGCCAAGUGGUCCUGCGAGCCCUGCAUUCGAGGCCACCGAUCGUCGAAAUGCCAACACUUUGAUAGACUCAUGAUGAAGGUGCCUAAAGCUGGGCGCCCUCUAGCAAAAUGUCCCCACCCGAAAGGAACUUGCAGUUGCCAGAAGACAUAUGCCGUGAUGGUCCGGAUACCAAAAGGCUCAUCUUGUCUAUGUCGGCCAUUGUAUAAAGUUCCUAUGGAAGACAAUGAUUCAACUCAGUCCCCACCUACACUGGCUUCCACAUCUUCUCCAGCCCCGGGCAAAGUUCAAAAGUCUGGAAGAAGACAAAGUACCAUGCAAGCAGCGCCUGAAAAUAUAGCAAGGGCCUUGGAAAAUAUGCCAGAUAACCUCAAGAUUGAGGAUGGAACGCCAAAUCUUUUGCGGAACCUCUCCCAAAAUGGGCUAGAUUCUUACACACCCGCUACACAAAACCACAAGGCAUUAUCGCCCAAGGAGCCUUCCAGGGAAGCCUCACAGCCCCCUCCAGUGUCUAGCUGUUGUUCGAAAAAGGAACAGCUGCCCACUCAAGCCCCAGUUGUAGCUGCAGCUCAAAAUGGAGGAUCUUGCUGCGGGUCUCGCCCUUCCACAAGUGAGCCUCAGCAGUCAAAUGCGGAAAAGCAACAAUUCCAACAACCUGCUGCUUGGGAUAGUCAAAACCAAAUGUACAUGCCAUACGGUGUGCCUGACAUGACUUCAUGGGGAAGCCAGAUGUCUGUUCAUGGUAACUACAUUCCCGCCACGAGUACAUCUUCCCAAGCACCAAUUUUCCAAAAUGGGUUCUCACAGAAUGCGAUGCCUCCGCCAAAUUCUCAGCCAUCAACAUCAAACGGAUUUUCUCUCAACGUGGGCACGCAGUCAUCCAUGGGAUACAACCCGGUGAACGGUCUAGGAAUCUCGCAGCCCUCCAUGAGUCCAUAUAUGUCCAACCAUUCCCAUUCACCUUACCCCAUACAAACAGUGCCAAGCGGUGAUACCUGUCACGAAUGCAGCUGUGGAGAGGACUGUCAGUGUCUUGGCUGUGCUUCUCACCCGUUCAACACUACAACACGAAAGCAUGUCCAAGAGAUGGGUGCCAUGAUUACCUUCAAUGGCGACGAGAAAAACCCCGAAUCCAUCAACCCGUACCAAUCCUCACCUUUCCAGGGAGCCACUUCUCCAGCUACAUUCAACUAUUACAUGCAGGGCACUCCGUCUCUAGACCAGUACCAGCACAAUCCCUUCGAUGGGUAUUCAGAUCCAAAUUCUGCCAUGCCCAGUGGCUAUUCCUCCCCUCUGACCGGUCCAAGUCUCAACCACCAAUUGAUGCACCCUUCAGAGUACUACACUCUGGAAUACCCAGUUGGACUACCAAGUGCCUGCUCCGACGUCACAGGAAGCUGUCAAUGUGGAAGUGACUGCAGCUGUGUGGGCUGCCUCACACACAGCGGACACAACGGGUUCUCUCUGGACACGCCGAUUCCACCAAACCCAUUCCCGGAGAAUGCAGAGCAACAGCAAGGUCCUACUCAUGUUCCACAUACAAGCUCUGCUACUGCGACUUCACGAAUACCUGUGCUGGACAAUGUGUCGGUGCCAUGCUUGAGCCCGCGCGCUUUGGAAACUUCGAUGAUCUAA